AUGGACGGGGCCGGGGGUGGGCGAGAGCCCCUCGUGAGCUGCCCCGUUUGCUCCCGCGAGCUCCCGGCCCCCAGCAUCAACCUGCACCUGGACAGGUGUUUACAGGGGACGGAGGGAGGGGAGCCCCUCCCCGAGGGGGAGGAAGGCCUGCAGCAGCCCUGCAAGAAGAAAACGCGCCUCUCCAGGCCUCCCGAGGGCGGCCGCCGCAGCCCCCCGGCGGUGUUUUCCCUUUUCCAGAAGGGGAGGCUCUCCGGGGCGAGGGCCCCCCCGGGGAGCCCCGCCGCGCCUCCGACCCCGGGCCCGGAGAAGCCGCCGGGCGGGGAGGGUCCUGGCACCGGCCCCCACGCUUCGGUUCCGGAGCUGGGCGGCGGGAGCCUGGCCCGGCAACUGGAAGGGAAGCCCCUGGCGGACAAGCUGCGGCCGGACACCUUGGGGGACUACAUGGGGCAGAGCCAGGUGGUGGGGGAGCAGACGCUUUUGCGGCCCCUGCUGGAGGCCCACGAAAUCCCCUCCCUCAUCCUCUGGGGGCCGCCUGGCUGUGGCAAGACUACCCUAGCACAUAUUAUAGCAAAAGGCAGCAAGAAGAAAGGCACAAGGUUUGUGGCAUUAUCAGCCACUAGUGCCAAAACCAAUGAUGUCCGUGAAGUCAUCUCCCAAGCCCAAAAUGAGAAGAGACUCUUCAAGAGGAAAACCAUCCUUUUCAUUGAUGAAAUACACCGUUUCAAUAAGUCUCAGCAGGAUACUUUCCUUCCUCACAUUGAGUGUGGGACUGUGACCUUGAUUGGAGCAACUACGGAAAAUCCUUCGUUCCAGGUCAAUUCUGCCCUACUCAGCCGGUGCCGUGUUAUCGUUCUCGAGAAGCUCUCAGUGGAAGCAAUGGAAGCUAUUCUGAUGAGAGCUCUCAAGUCCUUGGGGAUCCAGAUUUUAAGCACAGAUGAGCAGCAUGCUGGCUCAGUGAAUGGCAGCAACAGCAAGAUCUCUGAAUCAUGUGUAUGUAUUGAGAGAACAGCUGUAAGCACACUUGCCUACCUCUGUGAUGGUGAUGCAAGAACUGGACUGAAUGGACUCCAGAUGGCUCUCCAGGCCCAGCUGACUCAACUGCCCCAUCAGAAUAACAUGCACGGCUCUUCUACUAAAAGAAUAGUCAUAACAGAAGAUCAUGUGAAGGAAGGACUCCAGCGGUCCCACAUUCUAUAUGAUCGAGCAGGUGAAGAACAUUAUAACUGCAUUUCUGCCCUCCAUAAAUCUAUGCGAGGCUCAGAUGAAAAUGCUUCUCUUUACUGGCUUGCCCGAAUGCUUGAGGGAGGGGAGGACCCUCUGUAUGUGGCAAGAAGGCUGGUGAGGUUUGCAAGCGAAGAUAUAGGACUGGCUGAUCCCUUGGCAUUAACGCAAGCAGUGGCUGCUUAUCAGGGCUGCCAUUUCAUUGGAAUGCCAGAGUGUGAGGUCAUACUCGCCCAGUGUGUAAUCUACUUUGCCAGAGCACCAAAGUCUAUAGAGGUGUACAGCGCAUACAGCAAUGUCAAGACAUGCCUAAGAAAUCAUGAAGGACCUCUUCCGCCUGUUCCUUUGCACUUAAGGAAUGCGCCUACCAGACUCAUGAAGGACAUUGGCUAUGGUAAAGGGUAUAAAUAUAAUCCAGUGUAUAAGGAGCCUGUCGAUCAGGAAUAUCUGCCUGAAGAACUAAAAGGGGUCAAUUUUUUCAGAGGGAGUAGAGUGUAA